AUGCUUGCUGCCUUUAGACGUCCUCUUCUUUACAGCAGGGGACCGGUGAGUUUGCAAGUUAAUCGACUGCUCAGCGAAGAAAUAUAUGUGGAUCCGGAAAAGAUCAAGCCGCGGCCGUUUAAGGGCCAAGUUGGAAACGCGCCUCGCGAAGAUCCGAUUCUUCAUCAGAUGAUCACCCCGGUGCGUUCGGAUCUACCUGAGUGGACGUACCGCGAAGGAAGACGCCACUUUAUUUGGUGGGACAAGUUUUGGUCCAAGUACUACGUGAGCGGUUUCUUCUGGGGUUACAUGUUCUAUCGUCUGUACUACGACUAUCUGGAAGUACUGAACAGUAACUUUGAAGAAGUGUUCGUGCCGAAGGUCUCGCUGGAACAAAAGCCAGCUUGGUCGCCCUCUUUCUGUGCGACAGAUGCUCACAGCCGAAUCUGGAUUUGA